GGAUUUUUAUCCAUUUUCUCGGCAUAACCAAUGUCUAGCAGCGCCGCCCGGCGAAACUUUAUCGCGCGGUUAGAAUCCAAGUAUAUCCGUGCGCCGGAUGUCUUCGCCCUCACACACUCCCCUCCCCAUUGCUCACUCCAUCUUGUGCUGAUGUCUUCUUCCUCUCUCCCUCUCCCUCUCACCUCUCCUCCGCCAUUUUUCUUCCACAAGCCUCUUGCUCCUCUUCACUUCACACUCUCCCCUUUCCCAAUCUCCAAACCUUCCUCAUUCUCCUUCACAGCACCUCACUCAUAUGCCUCUGCUUCCCCUCCAAACCCUUCCAAUUUCGAUCCUGAAGAGCAACGGUGGCUCCGGGAGGAGCAACGCUGGAUUCGGGAGGAGCAACGAUGGCUGCGGGAAGAACAGCGGUGGAACUCCGAGCGCGAGUUGCUCCUCCGUGAAAUUUCAGACCUGAAGCUCAAAAUUCGAGCUCUGGAGCAGCAGAAUUCCGUGCAGGGAGCUUCAGUUUCUGAAACUCUGGCCAAAGUUGCGGCUCUUCUCCAGGUUCUGAAAGAUUCUGACUUGGCCAAGAGCAAUCGAAUUGCGGAGAGCGGGUCGGGGCCUAAGCCGAUUGUAAUGGAGGCAGCGGAAAGCGAGGAGGUGAAGGCUGUUGUUGUUAAAGAAGUCGUUGGCGUUUCAGGCGGAGAUGGAGGGGAGAAGACGGUGAAGAAGAAGAAGGCCUUGAGGAAAGGAUCGGAAGGAGAGAAUGUUCGAGCGAUGCAGGAAGCAUUGCAAAGAUUGGGAUUUUAUUCAGGUGAGGAAGAUAUGGAAUAUUCUAGCUUUUCAAGCGGGACAGAGCGUGCUGUAAAGACUUGGCAAUCUACAUUAGGUGCCCCUGAGGAUGGGAUUAUGACUGCAGAGCUGCUAGAAAGAUUGUUUAUGGGCCAGCAAGGUCCAAUUGUUCUGCAGAAGGAUGGUGCAAAUGGAGCUCCAGUUGCUUCAGUAGAAAUCUCUGAAAUUCAGCAGACUAUUGUAGAAGAAAAAGGUGUUACUGAAGUUGAGGUAUCCCAACAGCGGGUCUUUCUUCUUGGAGAAAACCGGUGGGAAGAACCGUCAAGGCUUGUUGGCAGGGAUCAGCAAGUUGCUGGCAGCAAGACUACGAAAUGCGUAGCUUGCCGUGGGGAAGGGCGCUUAUUGUGCAUGGAAUGCGAUGGAACAGGCGAACCAAAUAUUGAGCCACAGUUUAUGGAAUGGGUAGAUGAAGGAAUGAAGUGUCCGUACUGUGAGGGUUGUGGUUAUACAGUUUGUGAUGUAUGUGAUGGGAAAAAAAUAGUAGUUUAGGUGUGUAUACUUUGAUGAGAAUGUCAAUUGUGGGAAGUAAUAAUUAAGUAUAUGUAACAUAUUAUUAUUAUUAUUAUCGAGUACAGUGACACAGCUUUGCAAUAUGUAUAUAUAUCAGUCGUGCACACGGAAUAUAUAUGAUUGCUGCUUUAUAUUUUUAAUUUAAUGUUAGGAUCCAUUUGGAUGAA